AUGGCAGCAUCUCACAACUUCCGUUAUGGUUGGAGGAGGUCAUUUGCCAGUAACGGGUUUUUGGUUUUGCCACUUCUUGUAUUGUCUUUCUUUGUUAGUGAGACCUCAUGGUUUCUUAUUAUGAAAGGGCGUAUGCAUGAGGAAAUAGCUACCCUUAAGAUGAUGAGGAAAUGUGGAGCAGAAGCAGAGCUGCAGCUGUUGGUAGGCUUGAUGGAAAAUGACUCCAAAAGGAAAAGGAAGAAAUUAUCACACUCGCCCCUUUUACUGCUUAACAUAGUGGCUCAAAUAUUCCAGCAAGUGUUGGGCUUAUACUCAAUACUAUUCUUUGGACCAUUACUUUUGCAAUCAGCUAGAUACACCUAUAAUGCCUCAUUUGCAGCUCCGCUCAUUGCCGGAGUUAUUCGAGCUGGAGUUGCUGGACUCAUUUAUCCGAGUUACAUCUUCUUGGACCGACGGAAGACUCUAGUCUCGGCAUGUUUAGUCAUGAUUUUAGCACAUGUUUCCUUGCUGGGUCUCUUCCGUUUGAUUGAAGACCAUAUCUUUCAAUUGAGCCAAAAGAGUGCCUGUGUUGGCAUGGAAUUUUCCAUACCCCUCAUAGGCGGCUAUUCAAUGUUCUUGGGGCCUUCUGAGUGGACUGAAGAAUCAUACGUUGAAGAGAUUAGAGCGUUAGGCGCAUGCUGGGAGGCGAUCAAAUAUUUGCUCAUGUCCCUAAUCAUGAAUCCAGCCGUUUCGCCGCUUUUUUGUGCUCUCAAGGCUUGGAUAUUUAUGCCAUUUUGCUGCUCUGAAACUGGAAUUGAGAGCUCGUGGUUUCUUAUUAAGAAAGGGAGUAUGGAUGAGGAAAUAUAUACCCUUAAGAUGAUGAGGAAAUGUGAAGCAGAAGAAGACCUGCAGUUGUUGGCAGGUUUCCUUGCUGGGUCUCUUCCGUUUGGUAAAAGACCAUAUCUUUCAACUGAGCCAGAAGAGUGCCUGUGUUGGCAUGGAAUUUUCCAUACCCCUCAUAGGCUGCUAUUCAAUAUUCUCGGGGCCUUCUGA